GCUGAAUGCAUGCAGUGCGAAACUGAGAGGAUAAUUCAACUUCCAACAAUUCAAGUUCAAACCUGAUUUUGUAACUAGUAGGAAUACUUGAGUUACCAUGGCAACUGAAGAACGGGCCACUUCUCAGCCCCUCUUCAAGAACAUUUCUGGUGACCUGGAUGACCUCGAGGCCACGGAGAUCGAGAGCUUGUGUGUGAACUGCGAGGAAAAUGGGACAACAAAGCUUCUCCUGACCAGGAUUCCGUUCUUCAAGUCUGUCGUCAUCAGUUCCUUUGACUGCCCCCACUGUCACUAUACCAACAACGAGAUCCAGCCGGCCAGUGCCUUGCAACCACAAGGAUGUAUCCACGAGGUCGAGAUCAGGACGGAAAAGGAUAUGGACAGGCAAGUUAUUAGGACAAACUCUGCAUCUGUGCGUAUUCCAGAACUGGAUUUUGAAAUCCCUGGUUUCACUCAAAAAGGAUGCAAUCGAACACGUACAUGAAUAUAAGUAUCUUGGAGGAAGAAGAUAGAAGAAGAAGAAAGUUUUCUUGAUCUGGAAGGGCUUAGGAAUCUUCAAACGAACAAGGAAACAGCAGAGAGCUCUAGACCGGAGGAGAUCAUGGAGUCAUCGGUUGAUGCUAACGAGUGGAGGUUAGAGGUCAAGAGGGUGACCCCAUCCCUAAAGGUCCACAUUAGAACAGAUAACAAGGACUGGAGAACACACGUGGAUCAGAUGCAUCUACACAAAGAUGGGAUUGAGACGGCUCUCUCAGAGACUAAGGGUUACCUUGACAAACUGCACAAGGAGAUCACAAGGACGUUGGAGAAGAUAGGGAGCAGAGAGAAAUACAUCAACAACCAGCUUGAGCAUCUACUACAGGACUUCAGAGGAACACAAGAUGGUUUAGCUGAGGUGAAGGAACAGUACAGGCAGGCCAGCGGUGGAGUGACAGAACGAACGAGACAACUUGCUGAAGUGACAGAAGAAUUGGAACGGAUAAAACAAGAGAUGGAAGAGAGGGGGUCAAGCAUGACCGAUGGAUCUCCGUUGGUGAAGAUCAAGCAAGCUCUCCAGCGUCUGAAGAACGAGGUCAUCCAGAUGGAUGUCAGGGUAGGGGUCGUGGAGCAAAACCUUCUUCAAGCAAAGCUCAAAGACAAGACUAACAUGCAAAGGGAUAUGAAUAAACCCAUCGGAAAUGGAAAUGAAUAUGAUUAUUAAAAGGGAUAAACACGAUCGCAUCUAUUGUACAUCCGGCCAUAGAUAUCAUGUUCUGAUUACCGGUAUGUAGUAUGUCGUUGUAAUUAUCACACAUUUCAAUAGGAGACUAUUGAAAUUGCUUUAGGUUGAUCUUCCAAAGUAAAUGCGAUCCAGAUUAUAAAAGUUUGGGUUGUAAAUAACACAGACUAUAGGCUAAACAUUUAAGCAAAGUUGGAAGAGAAGAAUGCAGAUUACUAUAGGAGUUUAAAAUAGGGGUUGUGGAGCAAAACUUCCGAGGAAAGCUGAAAGAUAAGAUUGUCAUACAAAGAGGUGUGAAUAAAUCUAUUUGUAAUGCUAAUGAAUAUGAUUGUAAAAAGUAAAAAGUAAAUGGGAUAUGAUUGGUACAGGCUACAGACAGCGCAAAGAUGAAGGAGAAAUAGAGUGGUGA